CACACAGGGCAGGAGUCAUAUGAUUUUUAAAGUGAGGCUGAUGGCUGAUCUUUGAAUACAACCGUCGUGACCGCAUUCCGUGAGCCGAACCUAGAGCUCGCCUCGACCCGGAUAUCCGUGGCACAAACUUUUUCUUUUUGGCUCGCCCCAGAGGUCGUCCAAGAGGCGUCCUGGUCAUCCAUAAAGGAGAGUCAACUGCACUCCCAAACAUCAUCAUGAACAACAAUACUUCGACACCUCUGUAUCAACCUCAUUCACCUCAGACACCAACGACAUUCGCAGGUGCAACAUCACAAACUAGCAUCAUGUCAAGUCGACCGGUUUUGGAGGAUCAAAAAUCAGUCAAGAGCGAUAGCAUCUUGUCGCAAGCGCCUGUACUGUAUGAUCAAGACAAAGAAGGUGGUGUGGGCCAAGCAGCCGCCAUGACAGGUGCAGAAGCCAAGAUAUCACAGGGAAGGAAAUGGUUAUUGCUCCUCAUCUUCUCAGUGUCUUCGUAUCUUGAUAUUUGUGGCAGGUCCGCUUUCAUCGUCUUUGUUCAGAGCAUCUCGAGGGAUCUCGACAUACAAUUUGAAGACUCCAUAUGGGUCCUGAACAGCUACGGUGUCACCUUUGGCUCCUUUCUCCUCCUGGCUGGACGUGUAUCCGACUUGUACUCUGCCAAACCAGUCUUCGUAUGGGGUUUCGUCUUCACUGCCAUCUUCAGUUUGGCCAGCUCGUUCAUGACUGAAAAGGUCUCGUUCUUCAUCUUCCGAGGUCUCUAUGGAGUCGCUGCAGCAGCCACAAUUCCCUCCGCUUUCCGGCUCAUCAUCGCAGUCUUUGAGCCUCAUGAGGUGCCAAAGGCGCUCGCCAUGUUUGGCAUGGCAGCCGCGCUUGCGAAUGCAACGGGCCUUCUAUGGGGAGGAGUCUUUGGCGAGAUCAGUUCCACCGUCGAGCAGAUGGCGCCUUGGCGAUGGUAUUCUCGUUGGGUCUGUUUCCUCUCUAUUCCGUUCGCAAUCUUCUCCCAGUUUAUGAUCCCCUCCACGAGAGGUCCUCACGCCGACAAGGCUCAAAAGUGGCGUUAUCUCGAUCUCAUUGGCAACUUUUUGAUACUCGCUUCCAUGUUGCUACUCAACGUCGCUCUCACAUUGGGGGCAGCGCAUGGAUGGUCUUCAGCUCAUUUCCUCAUCACCAUCGUCCUUUCUGUCCCUCUAUUGAUCGGCUUCUUUAUCUGGGAAUGGAAGAUUGAUGCUGAGAAGGCUGUUCUACCGCCAAGCUUUUGGAAGAUUCCAAACGCUCCGCUCAUCAUCUUCUCGACCAUGUAUCUCUUCUCAUGGGUCGCCAAUGCCCAAUUGCCCCUUGUUCAGCGUUUCGAGGUCAUCUACCGAGAGUCGCUCAUCAAAUCUUCGGUACGCAUGCUACCGCUCGGUAUCGGGGCUUGCUUGUUCCUCAUCCUCGCAUCACCCAUUCUGAGAAAGAUGUCGAGCUUGAAAAUACCAAUUACCCUCGGCUUCGCCAUCUGCGCCGCGUCCUUCGUCGCAUACAUCUACAGUGAUGGCAAGCUGGGAUCGGCUUAUUGGCAAUACCUCUUCCCUGCAUUCCUGAUCGGAUCCAUCGGAUUGGCCAUGUCUUAUUUAUCAUGCAACGUGGUGAUCAUGACUUCUGUGCCCCCCGCCAUGGCAGGAACAGCAGGUGCUCUCUUCCAACUUGCUACUCAGCUCGGGGUUGUUACUGGCUAUUCUAUUCAGGAUGCUCUACUGUCUAUCCAUGAUGGAGGUGUCGAGAACUGGUCCAAUGUCCAAAUCGCAUUCUGGUUCCAAUUCGGCUGGGGAGUGUUCUGCUGCGUCCUCCUGGCCAUCUUCUUCAAGAGUCCUAAGAAGAUUGCGGCGUCGAGAACAAAGACGGAGAGCAUCGCCAUGACACCCUCGCAGUCGUCCGGAAGCGAGUUGAGUGCUCGAGCCUGAUGAUGGCAUGCGAGACGAUUGAAACAUUACCGGAGAGGGAAAAAAGAAAACAUUCCGACCUGCCAUUUAGACGACCUCAUGAUUACGAACCGGAUCUUUCCCCUUGUCUUGUAUAUAUAG